GGGGUCCCCGGGCCGGUGCGGGCGGUUGGGGCGCAGCGCAGGCCUCGGGGACAGCGACGCCGCGCGCGCAUUCGGGCACCUGCCGUCGACCCGGACUCGGAUGGCAGGUGGCCCUGAGCAGAGCGGUUCUGGGAGCCCUGCACGCUGUCCCUGGAUUGCCUUUUGGAGCAGGGGCAGAGCGCACCCCUGCCCAGCCCAGUGACCUUCGCCUGUCUGAUCCCUGGUUAAUUUUUGCCCAGCUAGGAGUGGUGGGGCUCCGCCUCCCUCCAGGAUAUAAGCCUGGUCCUCGGCUGCUUUGUCCUCUGCAGAGCCGAGCUACCCCAGCUCCCUGCCCACCUGCGCCAUGGCCAAGGGCUUCUACAUUUCCAAGUCCCUGGGCAUCCUGGGCAUCCUCCUGGGUGUGGCUGCCAUCUGCACCAUCGUCGCCCUGUCUGUGGUGUAUGCCCAGGAGAAGAACCGGAAUGCAGAGAACUCUGCCACGGGCCCCCUGCCUUCUACUGCCUCCCCAGCCGCUACCUCCAGAGCCACCUCCACAGCCACUACCUCCACAACCACUACCUCCUCAGCCACCACUGUGGACCAAAGCCAGCUGUGGAAUCAGUACCGCCUGCCCAAGUCUCUGGUACCCAGUUCGUACCAGGUGACGCUGAGGCCAUAUUUCACCCCCAAUGAGCAUGGCCUGUACAUCUUCCGGGGCAACAGCACCGUCCGCUUCACCUGCCAGGAGGCCACCAACGUCAUCAUCAUCCACAGCAAAAAGCUCAACUACACAAUCCAGCAACCCGGCGGGCAUUGGGUGGUCCUGCGGGGCGUGAGCGGCUCCCAGCCCCCAGCCAUCGACAGGACGGAGCUGGUGGAGCGCACGGAGUAUCUGGUGGUGCACCUGCAGGACUACCUGUCGGUUGGCAGCCAGUACGAGAUGGAGAGUGUGUUCCAGGGGGAGCUGGCCGAUGACCUGGCGGGCUUAUACCGCAGCGAGUACCGGGAUAACGGCGUGCUGAAAGUGGUGGCCACAACACAGAUGCAGCCUGCAGAUGCCCGGAAGUCCUUCCCCUGCUUUGACGAGCCAGCCAUGAAGGCCACGUUCAACAUCACCCUCAUCCACCCGAGUAACCACAUAGCCCUGUCUAACAUGUUCCCCAAAGGCCCUGGCGUCCCACUUCCAGAAGACCCUACCUGGACCAUCACUGAGUUCCGCACCACACCCAGGAUGUCCACCUACCUGCUGGCCUACAUCAUCUGCGAGUUUAGCUCCUUGGAAUCACAGUCACCUGAUAAUGUCUCGAUCCGGAUCUGGGCCCGACCCAGUGCCAUCACCGCAGGUCACGGUGAUUACGCACUCAAUGUGACAGGCCCCAUCCUAAGCUUCUUCAGCCAGCAUUAUGACACGCCCUACCCCCUGGAGAAAUCUGACCAGAUCUGCCUGCCCGACUUCAACGCCGGUGCCAUGGAGAACUGGGGGCUGGUGACGUACCGGGAGAGCGCGAUGCUUUUCGACCCAGAGUCUUCCUCCAUCGGCAACAAGGAGCGGGUGGUCACUGUGAUCUCUCACGAGCUGGCCCACCAGUGGUUCGGGAACCUGGUCACGGUGGAAUGGUGGAAUGACCUGUGGCUGAACGAGGGCUUCGCCUCCUACGUGGAGUACCUGGGUGCCGACUACGCGGAGCCCACCUGGAAUCUGAAGGACCUCAUCGUGACGAAUGAUGUGCACCGCGUGAUGGCCGUGGACGCGCUGGCCUCCUCCCACCCGCUGACCAGCCCCGCUGACGAGAUCCUCACCUCCGCCCAGAUCAGUGAGGUCUUCGACACCAUCUCCUACAGCAAGGGGGCCUCGGUCCUCAGGAUGCUCUCCACCUUCCUGACGGAGGACCUGUUCAAGACGGGCCUGGCGUCCUAUCUCCAAGCCUUUAAGUACCAGAACACAGACUACCGGGACCUGUGGAAUCACCUGCAGCAGGCUGUGGACGCGCAGUCGGCAGUCCGGCUUCCUGCCAACGUGAGCACCAUCAUGGACCGCUGGAUCCUGCAGAUGGGCUUUCCGGUGAUCACCGUAGACACCAGCACAGGGGAAAUCUCCCAGGAGCACUUCCUCCUGGACCCCCAGGCCAAUGUCACCCGCCCCUCGCAGUUCAACUACCAGUGGAUUGUGCCCAUCUCGUCCAUCAAAACUGGCAUACAGCAGAGCGACUACUGGCUGAACGGAGCCCAGAGAGCCCAGGACGAGCGGUUCAGGGCGGCAGCGCCCGACCAAUGGGUCCUGCUGAACAUCAACGUGACGGGCUACUACCAGGUGAACUACGACCAGGACAACUGGAGGAAGAUCCAGGAUCAGCUGGAGAUGGACCCCUCGGCCAUCCCUGUCAUCAACCGGGCACAAGUCAUCCACGAUGCCUUCAACCUGGCCAGUGCUGGAAAGGUGCCUGUCACGCUGGCUCUGGACAACACCCAAUUCCUGAUCCGAGAGACGGAGUACAUGCCCUGGGAGACAGCACUGAGCAGCCUCAACUACUUCAAGCUGAUGUUCGACCGCUCUGAGGUCUACGGCCCCAUGAAGACCUACCUGAGGAAGCAGGUGCAGCCGCUCUUCUUUUACUUCCAAAACCUCACAAAGCAAUGGACCGAGCGGCCCCCGACGCUGACGGAGCAGUACAACGAGGUGAACGCCAUCAGCACCGCCUGCUCCAACGGGCUCCAGGAAUGUAAGGAGCUGGUCACACAGCUUUUCAACCAGUGGAUGACGAACCCCCAGCACAACCCGAUCCAUCCCAACCUGCGCUCCACCGUCUACUGCAACGCCAUCGCUGAGGGCAGCGAGGCGGAGUGGGACUUCGCCUGGGCACAGUUCCUCAAUGCCAGCCUGGUCAACGAGGCCGACAAGCUGCGGUCAGCCCUGGCCUGCAGCGACGAGGUGUGGAUCCUGAACAGGUACCUGAGCUACACCCUGAACUCUGCGCUCAUCCGGAGGCAGGACGCCACCUCCACCAUCAUCAGCAUCGCCAGCAACGUGGUGGGCCAGUCGCUGGUGUGGGACUUCGUGCGCAGCAACUGGAGGAAGCUGUUUGAGGAUUUUGGUGGCGGCUCCUUCUCCUUCGCCAACCUCAUCCAGGGUGUGACCCGGCGGUUCUCCACCGAACACGAGCUGCAACAGCUGGAGCAGUUUAAGGAGGACAACAGCGACAUAGGCUUUGGCUCGGGCACCCGGGCUCUGGAGCAGGCCCUGGAGAAGACUCGAGCCAACAUAAACUGGGUGAAUGAGAACAAGGAGGCCGUGCUGCAGUGGUUCAACGCCAACAGCCAGUAGUUCCUGGUCCUUGGGGUCGCCUGGCCCUGGGAGGAGGCCCAGGGCUUUGUGGCCCAGCAGGACCUGCAUCCUUGGAGGGCAACACCCAACCCUCAAAAACCAAGUCUCCAGUCUGUGGGGCCAUCAGCCCUGCCCCUCAUGCCAACACGGCCCCAGGCCCUGCCUGGCACCUGUCUCCCAGGGCUGAUCUCAGGGAAUCUCAGCUCCAUAGCCAGCUGGGCAGAAGCCAUCGAUGGACAUUAGACAGCCUAGAGGGGCCGCCCUGAGGCCCUCAUGCCCCAGAAAGACUGGAACCUGAGCAAUCAACAGGGAAUCAGAUCUGUAUAUUUUUUUUCUAAGAGAAAUUGUAAAUAAAGGCUUUCUAGAUGAG